AUGCCCGGGCAGACGCCAGAAGUUGUUGCCUCUGCCGAUCUAGAUCCUCUCUCGCCCAAGCCAAUCGCCCUCCACAGCACCUCGCCGACCCUGGUCCCAAGGCUACAGGACCACGCUGCCGCUAUUGACGCGGUAGUUGAGGAAUUAACCAGUCAAUUAACCAAUCCGAACCUUACGUCUCAACCCUCGUACAACUCGUACAUCUCGCCCGCCAUGCCAGAGCCGGUCCAAGAAUCUUCCGAUGUGUCCGACACCAUAGUAGUUGCCGGCGAGUAUUCGGAAGAUGAUGACGACAGCCUUGAUGCGUAUGAUGAGGACGGGCAGGAACAGGGCCAGGAGCAGGGGAACAAGCCAGAGACGGGCAGCGAUGAUUAUGCGCACACCUUUGAUUCGCCCACAGACCAAGGUGAAGGUGAGGCCGACGAGGCGCAGCCAGAUGUAUCAAAGGCUUCAGAAACUAAGAUGAAUGAUUCUUCCACGCCUGAACCUUCGAAGACUCAGCCUCCCACUGCACCUGCCCCUCCUUCUGAUCCUUCAUCGUCUCCUCCAGCCAAAGUCACAAGCCAAACCCAGCCCCAUUCUGAAGCCGAGCAGCUCCCAGCCCAGACCAACGAAUCGCUUCAGUCUCUAGAUGCGCCAUCUGAUUUCGCUCCCGCCGCCCCCCACCAGCAUCUCCAAAGCUCAAAUCCCGAUCCUGUACCCGAUGCCGCGCCCAGCGGCACUUCUUCCAUGGCCGAGGUGCCUUCCGCACCAGAUUCCGGCGAGAUCCAAAUGCCAGAUGCUCCUCCUGCUCCUGAUGUCCAGCCCUCUACUAGAGACUCUGCUGCCGCUUCAAAUAGCCCGACCCUGGCAAAUGAAGAUGAUGACACUGCCGUUGAUAUCCAGAAGCUCGUGGACAACAUCACGGCCAGAGCUGCCGCAUCCCCCACCACGGCUUCUGCCUCAUCUGUAGCAGCUGCUUCAGCCAAACCGCCUGCCACUCAAACUUCCCAGAACGGGCCAAGCACCUUGAAUGUUUCCCAUUCUGCUUCGCUUCCACCUAAACCUCAAGGCGGCCUACCUGCCAUCCCACCUCAGGCCCAUCACUUUCAUCCCCGACCCCAUAACUCUGUACAUGCCCAAGGCUCAUCUCCCAGCGUUGGACCUGGGACACCACGUACUGCGUACAUGCCACCUGGCGGCUCCGGUAUCGGCAAUGAAGCCAUCUCAUCUCUGCCUCCCAUUCCACCCAAUACCUUCAAUAAUGCUCCAACCCAACCCUACGCAUCCGCGCAUAACUCCCGACAUCUUCCGGGGCCUGGUAACUCUCACAUAAGCAACAUUUAUGCGCCAGCAAGCGAUCAAGACUACGAAAAGUUCCUUGCCGAUGAGAGGCAGUACACAUUGGAGGCUAGAUGGGAGCAACGAUUCCCUGAAGGCUCGCGUAUCUUUAUUGGUAACUUAUCGUGUGAGAGAGUCUCAAAACGCGAAGUCUUCGAUGUCUUUAGCAAGUUCGGACGCCUUGCACAGAUCUCUCUGAAGAAUGCAUAUGGUUUCGUACAAUAUCAUACCAUUGAGGAAGGUCUUGCUGCUAUUCGCGGCUGCCGCGACGUCGAACUCGGUGGACGUGCAAUCAAUUUGGAGAUAUCCAAGAAACAGGAUCGAACUCGGAAAGAACACCCUGAGCGCGACCGUGAACGUGAGCGAGAGCGGUCGCCUGACCGCCGCUUGCCACGUGAUAGCCGUAUAAGAGACCGCUAUGAGGCGAGGGAUCCGGGCUGGCGUAGAGAUGACUACCGCCCGGGUCCUGGGCGCUCACCUUCUCCUCACCGAGGAAGCCGAGACGGCCGAUAUGCUAGGGGCUCCAGAGACCGUGACUUUGGCCCUGGAUAUGACAGCCGCCGAUCCAGAUCGCCGCCAUCAGUCCGCUAUUAUGAUAAUGGCUAUCGACGCAGAGAUGACAGCCCGCAUCGGCGCGUGCCAUCUAGCGAAGAGCUUGACAUGCCUUUCCGCUACGGAGCCGAUGUUCCAGAUGUUCAGCUUGUCCUCCUUGGAGACGUACAUAAGGAGUUCGUCUCGUGGGUUCAGAGCGUCUUCCAUUCAUAUGGGUUGAGGACAAAUGUAAUUUACGCGAAUCCGCGCUUUCCCCGGGAGCCGUUGAUACAACGUCAGAUGGUGGAAGGCGUGCAUGCGGUCAGUUUUCUUGACCCUAAUUCACCCAGCAAACAACAGCUCGACAUUCGGGUGUUUACUCGGACCGCCACCAGCAUCAACUUCGACGAUUAUAAGGUAACGCCGCAUCAGGCUGCUGCGUUGGUGGUAGACAAGAAGCGCAUCCAGCCACCGCAGCCGCCGCCUACCUACCCAGUCAACAAUUAUGGCCACGGGUAUCGCCCAGAGGUUCCACCUCCCGUCAGCUAUCCAUACCAACAGCAGCCCUACGCCAUCCCUCCGGCUCCGGCACCUCAAAUACAGCAGCUGCCUGCCCCAGUGCAAGACAUCUCGAGCGUGGUUGGUCAGCUCAACAACGAAUCCCUCAGCGCACUCCUGGCCACUUUGACACAAUCUCAAGGUAUGGCUCCGCAACCGCCUCAUCCAGCCAUGCCCUAUGGCGCGGCCCCGCCGGCUCCUGCAGCUGCCCAAGCUGCCCAGAUCGACAUCAACACUUUGCUCGGAAACCUGAGGAGCGCCGCCAAUCCGGGAGCUCCAAGUUAUGGCGACGUCCCAGCAUAUGGGGUCGGUUCUGCACCCCCGGUCCCGACGGGCUACGAUGCCCAACAAGCACAAAAGCUUCUUGACCAGCUCAGACGCAUUGCUCCGUAG